AUGUAUACUGAAAAGACUCAAGAGGAUAUUUUCCCCUCCAGCUUUGGGCCAGAAUACGUCGGCUUUGACCAUAUCACUUGGUAUGUUGGAAACUCCAAGCAGGCAGCAUCAUACUAUGUGAGCCGUAUGGGAUUCGAGCAGAUUGCAUAUUGCGGCCCCGAAACUGGAUCCCGAACCAUAACAUCUCGUGUGGUAUCCAAUGGACAGGCCGUCUUUGUCCUCAGCUCACCUGCCUGCGGUCUGUCAGAGAUAGGAGUCGAUAUCUCGCGAAAAGAAAAGGCUGUUCUGACUGAAAUGCACGAUCACCUCACCAAACAUGGCGACGGAGUCAAGGAUGUCGCUUUCCGUAUUACAGGGAAAGUUGACGAUGUCUGGAGGCGCGCAGUGGACUGUGGCGCACGGCCAAUCGUAUGCCCGGUUACUCUACGAGAUGGCAAGAAUGGCUCGGUUAAACUGGCCACUAUUGGAGCAUAUGGCGAUACCGUACACUCGCUGGUAAACCGGCAGCUAUACACCGGUCCAUUCUUGCCUGGAUACGAAGCGGUAUCCGAAGAGGAUCCAAUAAAUAGCUUACUGCCUAAGAUUGACUUUUAUGAAAUCGACCACUGCGUUGGAAACCAACCUUGGAAUGGAAUCGACCCAGUCGUCAGAUACUACGAGGAAUGCUUGGAUUUCCAUCGCUACUGGACCGUGGACGAUUCCAACAUGUGCGGCGAUUACUCCGCCAUGCGAUCCAUCGUGGUGUCUUCCCCUAACGAGGUGAUCAAAAUGCCCUUGAACGAGCCGGCACCGGGCAAGGGGAGGUCACAGAUUGGGGAAUUCGUCGACUUCUACAACGGCGCGGGCGUCCAGCACAUCGCCUUCCGAACGCACAACAUCGUCACAGCAAUCACCAAUCUCCGGGCGCGAGGGGUGCCAUUCCUGCGCGUUCCACAUGAAUACUACGUCGACCUUCGCCGGCGACUAUCUCAAGUGGAGCUGAAGCUGGACGAGGACCUCGACCUGCUAGAGAAACUGAGCAUCUUGGUGGACUUUGACGAAAAAGGAUACUUGCUCCAGAUAUUCACCAAGCAUGUCUCGGAUCGUCCGACGGUGUUUAUCGAGGUGAUCCAGCGCAACUGUUUUGAUGGAUUCGGGGCGGGGAACUUCAAGAGCUUGUUUCAGGCUUUUGAGCGGGAGCAGGCGUCGAGGGGGAAUUUGUAA